GCUCCAUGGUACAAUGGGGCCCGAGGAUCCCCCGGCUUCUGGACUUGAGCUGCACGCCAACCACUGUCAAACUUUCUCCAGUACUUGACCGAAACACUUCUUGACCACGGAGAAGCUAUUUGUUCCGCCAUCCACGCUUCUGACGUGUCAUCACGAUUAAUACCUCCAGCUUCGCUCUCCCAUCGAGGCUGGUCUGACUUUGAUAUCUAGUCGUCUUUUCCUGCUUUGCAUUUCCCUCUUUUUACUCUGUCAAACAAACCACGUCAGACGCCAUGUCUCGAGGUGGCACCACCCUCUACGUGACUGGCUUCAGCCAAGGCACGCGUGCUCGCGACCUCGCCUACGAAUUCGAACGCUAUGGCCGCCUAGUGCGCUGUGAUAUUCCUGCGCCUAGAAGCGCCAGUAGUCGCCUCUUUGCCUUUGUGGAGUAUGAGGAUCGACGGGAUGCCGAUGAUGCUUAUCAUGAAAUGCAUAACAAACGCAUCGGUCGGGACGAUGUCCUGAAGAUUGAGUGGGCUCGCACGCCUCCCUCAGCCUCUUGGCGCUUUGACUCUGGUCGUGAUCGCGAUCGACGUGACGGCGGUCGUGGAGGUAGGUCUCCUCGCCGUGGCCGUUCACCCUCUCCUCGUCGCAGCACUCGCGAGUACUCUCCAAGGAAGGAUGAUCGCCGCGACCGUGACCGUGACCGAGACUACGACCGUGACCGCCGUGACACGCGAGACCGUUCACGUAGCCCAGACACUCGUGACCGCGAUCGUGACGACCGCGAUGAUCGUGAUCGCCGAGAGAAUGGCACCAAUGGGGAUGACCGCAAAGCUGUUGACAGCCCUCCACCUCAACAUGACGACUUGGAUGUCGCUGACUAAAGGUACACACUUAAUUUGCGGCUGUAGCCUACGCAUCUUGUCCGGGACUACAAAAAAAGGUUUUUACGUCACAGUGGAAUUUCAGUUUCCUUUCCCGUUGGACUGUUGCUCAUCGUCUAGUCAUUUUUUACCGCCGACAUAUCUUCGCAGUUUAAGAACGAUAACAGAAUAACUGUUUUCCUUUCCAAGGAGCGGGCCGUAUUUGUCAAGUUGUUAGGUAGUACAAUUCAUUUCCUUUUUGUGUAUACUGGUACACGAGUGCCCCGUGAUCUAUGGGACGUUCUCUCAUAAUCACCUGAUGAGGAUAAUGCCGCAAUGAGAUCGUGUGCACGUACCUGUAAUAGUAGAUCCAAGUUGGCCUGGAAUGCAAUCUAAAAAGGGUUCGUGUGGGUGUGUGGCCGAACUGAGUUGUUAUUCAACAGAACCUAAACGUAGCCUUUUGCUGAUUACCCCUGAACACGUAAAUGAGUACGAAAUGCAAUCUUCAUACGAUUCGGAGCCAAUACUCGAUCAGUGUUGUUGCAGUUGGUUGGGUUAGGGGUUAGGUAGUUGAAA